CUGGUGGUAGGGAGUGGGAGUGCCUUUUGUAGCUGGUGAUGUCCUGUAGGCUUUUCUAGAUGACUGAUGGCUUGUUGGUGGACAUCAUUCGUUAUCCUCACUUGUCAAUUUCUUAACAGUACUCACUACAGGUUUGACACAUUUGAGCUUCUGCCUGUAUGUUGGGAGAAGAUGGACAGCACAGGGGACAGAGCAAUAUGCACCCUUUAAUACAAUAUAUCAAUGAUCUAAAAUGUCUAAAAUAUCUGAUGAGGCAUGUGGCAUGAUGUUUGUAUUUGAGCAGUUCAUCAAUGAGUUUAGCUCUGUUGAAGUCUCCAAAAAUAAUGAAAAACGAGUUAACAUGUUUGUGCUCUGCACUCAUGAUCUGCUCUUCUAGAGCUUGUUGUGCCUUGCACAUGCACACGAGGUUAAAAGUAAACUCCUACCAACACAACAGAGGAGAAUUCCUGAGACUAAGAAUGGUUUAUAGUUUAUGAAACAUGAUUCUAAGUUAGUUAGGACUGCACAAUUUCAUUAGAACAGUGACAUCUGUACAUUAACCUUUAUUGAUGUAAAAGUAGUAUCCUUUACAGCAUAACCUGUAGCAUUUUUUGUUGCUCAUUUAAACAUUCUGUCUGGAUGCUGCCCACUGGUGCACAUUCAUGUUAUGCUAAAAUAUGUAUGAAUGUACAUCUCCUCGCAAGAUGUUGGAUGGAGCAGAAAGCAUACACUGUACAAAGGAUGGGACGUGGAGUGUAUCUGUUCCAAACUGUAUAGACAUAAAAUGUCUCCCACCUCAAAUACUAUUUGGGACCAUUAUUGAACCACAGGAAGAGUAUCAAGAGAAUGAACUGAUAAAAUACGCAUGUGAUAAAGGAUACAAGGCCACACCUGGAACCCCUAAAUGCACUAAAAAUGGCUGGAGUAUAAAGCCAGAAUGUGAAGAAGUUACCUGCGUGCUUCAGUUUGGCAUACCUGGAGUACAUAGUACAUCUCCAAGUGGAAAAAAUAUAUUUAAGCCUGAAGAAAGCUUAACACUUACUUGCAGAAAAGACCACUGGAUAUUGGGAACAAGACUAAACUCACAAAUAAUUAAAUGCAAAGACAAUGGUGAAUGGGAAAGGUCACCGAUAUGUAAUGAAAUUACCUGUAAUGUUAUCAAUGAUGAGAAUUUGGCGCAUCCUUUCUACUACUUUUCUGGUGAUAAAAAACUGGGGGUCACAAAGUUUUAGGAGUGUAUCCACGGUUAUCAAAAAACAGCUUCACGCGCUACGUGUACAGUCGACGGCUGGAGCCCAAGAACACUGUGUACAAAGAUGACUUGACCUGAACCAGAGGUUGCACAUGCAGAGAUACUGAGACCUAAAGAUACUUACACAAUAGAUGACAGAAUUAGGAUACAGUGUUUUGCUGGAUAUGAACCAGUUAGUCUUUUUGUUAUCACUUGUAAAAGCCAGCAGAAAUGGGAAAAUAUGAAAAAUUCAACUUGAUGACAUGACAGUCAUGAAAUGACAAUAGCAUGGAAAGUUGUCACCAAAGUAAAGCAUGGCUAACCUGAAGAAUCGAAAAUCUAAGACAGAAUAAUCAUGUGUUAUUUCAUUGUAUUGAUACCUUCAUGGUCCUAAAAUGUAAAAAACAG